AUGGCCCCUAGAACGACUACCGAGAGACUCUCGGAACUGAGACUGAAGAACUUGGAGGUUCCUCACGCUAAUAAUAACGGAUUAUCUUCAGACGAUGAUUCUACUAGUAUAAAUUCCAAUUCGCCAUUAACUGGAGACACUUUUGAGUUUGAUAUAUCGGUGGAUGAGUUAUCCGAGUUACACGAUCCCAAGUCUUUACAAAAAUUGUACGAAUUGGGAGAUUUGAAGCAUGUUUUAAAAUUAUUGAAAACUGAUGGUAAAAAUGGGAUAACUGAAUCUUCACACGAUACCCAUUCAAGAUGUAAGCAUUUUGGGGCUAAUAAGUUACCCAGUAAGGAUACCAAAGGUUUUUUACGGUUGUGUUUUGAUGCUUUGAAAGAUAAAGUAUUGAUACUUUUAUCAGUGGCGGCUAUAAUAUCUUUGGCGCUUGGUUUAUACGAAACGUUUGGUGAAGGCACCACCUACGAUGACGAAGGAGAACCCAUGCCCAAGGUCGACUGGGUAGAAGGGGUGGCCAUUAUCGUGGCCAUUAUAAUUAUUGUUUUGGUGGGGGCGGUUAAUGAUUAUCAGAAGGAACGUCAGUUUGCUCGUCUUAAUGCUAAAAAGGAAGAUCGAGAAAUUAUUGUUAUACGAGAUGGAUCUCAAAAAAUGAUUUCCAUUUACGAUUUGUUGGUUGGGGAUAUAAUCAAUCUACAAACGGGGGAUGUCAUUCCAAGUGAUUGUAUCUUGAUAAAUGGUGAAUUAGAAACUGAUGAAUCAGCUUUAACGGGUGAAUCUGAUAGUAUUGUUAAAAAACCGGCUAAAGAAGCGUUGAGAUUCUAUAAAAAUCAAUUACCAACCGAUGAAGAUAUUGGUUCUUCUCAAAUUAAAUUUAAAGAUCCCUUUUUAAUCUCGGGCGCUAAAAUCUUAUCGGGUUAUGGUUAUGCAGUGAUCACCGCGGUGGGGUCCAACUCGGUUCAUGGUAGAACCAUGUUGAGUCUUCAUACUGAACCAGAAACUACUCCUUUACAAGAACGUUUAAAUAAUUUGGCAGAAGGAAUUGUCAAGUAUGGGUUUUUGGCUGCUCUUGUUCUUUUCAUUGUUUUAUUCAUUAGAUAUUGUGUUAAUAUAGCUCCCGGUGGGAAGUUUAAUCAUUUCCAAGGUGCUCAAAAGGGUAAAAAGUUUUUGGAUAUUGUCAUUGUGGCAAUUACAAUUAUUGUGGUUGCAGUUCCUGAAGGUUUACCCUUGGCCGUUACUUUAGCUUUGGCUUUUGCCACUACUAGAAUGGCUCAAAAUGGUAAUUUGGUAAGAGUCUUGAAAAGUUGUGAGACUAUGGGGAGUGCUACUGCAGUUUGUUCGGAUAAAACUGGUACUUUAACUGAAAAUAAAAUGAGAAUUGUUAAAGCUUAUUUUGGUGACGACUCUUUAACUUUUGAUGAUACCGUUAAUGGGUCUGGUCCAAAAUCAAUCACCGUUAUUGAUCGUUUCACUAAUUCUUUCAAAAAUAUUUUAUUAGAUAAUAUUAUUUUAAAUUCAACCGCUUUUGCUAACAAUGAUUAUGAUGCUUCUAAAACUAAUAUAACUAAUAAUCCAUCAAAGAAAAAAUCUUUUUUCCAAAAAGUUUUAUCAAAUGAAAAUUCUCAUAAUGAAAUUCAACAAUUAGGGGUGGUUACCGAACCUUAUCUUGGUAAUAAAACUGAUUCGGCUUUAUUAAUUUUGGCUCAAGAUAAAUUUGGUAGUUUCAAGAAAAAUUCCUUGGAUAGCUUAAGAGAUUCAAAUCAUGAUAAUAUAGUUCAAUCAAUUCCUUUUGAAAGUUCAAGAAAAUGGUCAGGUAUCGUUUUUAAAUUGAAUGACGACUCUUAUAGAUUAUACGUUAAAGGUGCAGCUGAAAUUAUUUUUAAAAAUUGUGGGUUUAAAACUCAAAAUAAAGAUGAACUUACUAAAUUGGAUCGUAAUGAUCGUGAUGAAGCUUUAAGUAAAAUUGAUGAGUUUGCCAAUGAUGCUUUAAGAGCAAUUGUAUUGGCUCAUAAAGAUUUUAAUAAUAUUGGUUCUUGGCCUCCUGCUGAAUUAUCAACUGAAAAAUCAACUAAAACUGACGUUAAUGAUGAAAAUCAAACCUCAAAACAAGUUGAAGCAGAUCCAGAUUUAUUAAUCAAUUUAGAAGGCUCUAAACAAGAAUUAUCUCUUGAUGCUAUUGUUGGUUUACAAGAUCCUUUGAAAGAAGGUGUGGCUGAAGCAGUUUUACAAUGUAAACAUGCUGGUGUUAGUGUUCGUAUGGUUACUGGUGAUAAUUUGAUUACUGCUAAAGCCAUUUCAAAAUCUUGUAAUAUCUUAACUUCUGAUGAUUUAUCAAAUGAAUACGCUUGUAUGGAAGGUCCUAAGUUCCGUAAAUUAAGUGAAUUGGAAAGAAAUCGUAUUGCUCCAACUUUGAGAGUUUUAGCAAGAUCCUCUCCUGAAGAUAAAAGAAUUUUGGUUGAAACUUUACGUAAAGCAGGUGAAGUGGUUGCGGUUACUGGUGAUGGUACUAAUGAUGCUCCAGCUUUGAAAUUGGCUGAUGUGGGAUUUUCAAUGGGUAUCAGUGGUACUGAAGUAGCAAGAGAAGCAUCCGAUAUUAUUUUAAUGACUGAUGAUUUUACUGAUAUUGUUCAAGCAAUUAAAUGGGGUAGAACUGUUGCUACUUCAAUUAAAAAAUUUAUUCAAUUUCAAUUAACUGUUAAUAUUACUGCUUGUGUUUUAACAUUCGUUUCGGCAGUUGCUUCUUCAAAUGGUCAAUCAGUUUUAACAGCUGUUCAAUUGUUAUGGGUUAACUUAAUUAUGGAUACUUUAGCUGCAUUAGCUUUGGCAACUGAUAAACCAGAUGAUUCGUUCUUGAAUAGAAAACCAGCUGGUAGAACUGCAUCAUUAAUUAGUGUAUCAAUGUGGAAAAUGAUUAUUGGCCAAUCAAUUACUCAAUUGAUUAUUACAUUUAUACUUCAUUUUGCUGGUCGUCAAUUAUUUUUCGGUAAUGAACCGAUAAGUAAUCAUGAAAAUAAACAGUUAGAUGCAAUGACUUUCAAUGCAUUUGUUUGGUUACAAAUUUUCAAAUUGGUUGUUACUAGAAAAUUAGAUGAAGCUGAUGAAAUUUCAAGUGUAAGAGGUCGUAUCACUCGUGAAAAUCUUGAUUUUUCCCAACAUUUAUUCAGAAAUUGGUAUUUUAUUGUAAUUCUUUUAAUAAUUGUUGGUGUUCAAGUUUUAAUUAUGUUUGUUGGUGGUGCUGCUUUUACAAUUGUAAGACAAACUCCUGGACAAUGGGCGACUGCUGUCUUGUGUGGUUUCAUAUCAAUACCAGUUGGUGCACUUAUUAGAAUAAUACCGAACGAAUGGGUGAUUAAAGUUUUCCCUACCAAAGCAUUUAACACUUUUAUAUAUUACGCUGGAUUUUCAUUUUUAAGAAAGAAGAAUCGUGAUUUACGUCAAAAGAAUAAAGAUGAUGCUUCUGCUGAUGCUGAUGCUAAUAAAAUCGAUUUAGAAUCCCAAUCAAACCAAGACAAUAUUAAAAAAACCGAUAUUGAAUCUCCUAAAAAAGGUGAAGAUCCCAAAGAACGUCCCGAUAAGAAAUAUUACAAUACCCACGAACGUUCAGACUCUUCAAACAGCUCAUGA